AUGGCUCGUGGCAACCAGCGCGACAAGGCUCGGGAGAAGAACCUCAAGGAGCAGGCCGGAAAGAAAGGCAAGAACACUCAAUCCGGUACCGAGUUCGCACGCACCAAGGAGAACGUAGCGGAGAUCAUGCGUGCUAAGCAAGCUGCCGCUGAGGCAAAGAAGGCUGCUGAGGGCGCUAAGAAAUGAGCGGUCAGACAAGAUGUGCAACGCGAUAACGACAACAGUUUGACACGCCACAGUCGCAGGUCAACCUGUUUAGAAGCCUGUCAUCAUGGGAGCGGAGUUUCUUGGGUUUGGAUUAGAAGGCGAAAGAGUGUGCUUGGGUUGAUUUUCGAUAUACCGAAUACACCGAUUUCUGAUUUUGAACGCCGUGAGAAACCCAUUGCGCCUAGUUUCCCAUGCGACACAGAAUAUUUUGUCACAGCUGAAUAACACCAGUAAAGUACCAACAAAAUUUUUGAGGGAAAACAUAGAGUUUGAAAGUGCGAUCUCUUGGAUCUAGC